UUUCUUUCUUUUAACUAUAAUUUAAUUAUGUUUUUGUUUUUGUUUCUGUUUCUUGUUGGUAUGUCUUAGAAUUGAGUUUUUGGUCUAACUGAUCCUUACAAAACCGGCUUGCAAGGUGAUGAUUGUCUCUACUUUAUAAACACAAAUCCAGGCAACCUCGCAACCGAUGUCGGACUUCUUAGUACACCUCCUCGGGCCCAACGCUAUUGGGCUUGGGGUGCAGAUAUAAAUGGUAAAUGACCCGAUUAGAAACUUGAUAGCAGGCGGUCCAACGGAUCGUGAAGAGACUCUGAUACCAUCUUAGAAUUGAGUUUUGGGCCUAUCUCAUCCUUACAAAAUCGGUUUGUAAGGUGAUGAUUGCCUCUACUUUAUAAACACAAAUUCAGACCAUCUCGUAACCAAUGUAGGACUUCUUAACUUAGAAGUUAGGCUAUGAGUUAGAGGAUAAUAUGCAUUUUGGUUGAUUGAAUGUGAUCAAGAUAGAUGAAUAUGCAAUUCAAACUUGAAGAGAGCAGUCAUUUUUCACUAAGACACUUUUUUAGAUGAUUUUAUAAUGGAAUUUUUGGCUCUUUAAUUUUAGUCUUUUUUGCAAAAGGCCGACUUCCUAUUAAUUUUGACCAUGUCAACACAUAUAUAGAUAGUGACUCAUAUGUCAUGUCAGCAAGUCAAGGCAUAUGUGGACAUUGACUCACAUGUCAUGCUGACGUGACACUUGAGUCAUUGUUCACGUGCGUUGACUUUGUCAAAACUAGUGGCGUCCAUCUUUUGCAAGUUAGAGAGCCACAAGUGCUAUUAUGAAAAUUAAGGGACAAAAAUCACAAAUUUGAGAAAGUUAGAAGCCAAAAAUGCAAUUUAACCUUGAACGACUAAUAGUUUAAACUAAAACUAAAAAUAACAUAAUAAAAGAAAAACUUUUUACUAUUUUAUUUUUUGGGCUGUAGUCUAAAUAUAUGACCUGGCUUUGUAUCUUCACAUGAUUCAUAUGAUAUAUAAGUGAAUGUGAAAGCUCAUUUUCGUCUAGAACACAUUUGAAAUCAAAAAAUAAAGGUGAGCAUAGCUAUCAAAAUAUGAUUGUGAAAAGCACGUAGCAGUAUGUAUGGUUCAAGAAAGUCAAAAGGUUGGUCCAAGUCAGAAAGUUAGCGGGCCAACAAAUUAAUUAUUGAAAAAGGUCCACUAAUUUUGUAAUUUACUCUUUUUUUUUUGUUGUAAAACAGCGACCAAGUAUUUCUAUCGUAAAUAUAGAAACUAAUUUCUCAAAUUUUAUGAGAUUAAUCAUAGAUAUAUUAAAAUAUUUUUAAGAGUUUAAUGAUGUUGCAUGGCCAAAUUGAAGUUCAAACUCAUAACCAAAUGAAAAUAAAUGGAGAAAUGAUUUAAAUGUAAAACAAAAAAAAAUUUUAAAAUAAAUUCUAGAAGCCUAUACUUUUUAUUGUGAGGUUAGCCUUGAGAUAAAAGCUUAUACAACUAAACCAAAAAAAAUAUAUACAACUAUUGCGCAUGCAUUUUAAGUGUGUUCAUAAAAAAAUUAAUAAUAAGAUUAUGCUAUAGCUAAAUAUGUAUCUUUUCAUUUUAAGUGUGUUCAGAAAACAUCAACUUCAUCUUCAUCUUUAAUCAAUGGUAGUGUUAUAAUUAUUCGUUCUGAUGCCUUAAAGAAAACGAAUAUUACUAUUAGUGUUUCAAAAUUCAACUAAUGUAUAUACUUUCUCUUGUUUUUGUAUCAAAAUAGUUAUAUAUUAACAACUAAUUACUAACAUUUUUCUAACAAAAAGAAAAAACCACGAUCGAGAUAUAGUAAUAUGUGUUUGAUUUACAAGAAGAAAGUAAAUGAAUAUAAUUAAAAUUUAAGCUUAUUUGAUUGGUUUCCUUCUUUAGGUCCUUGAACUGAAAUAAAACUCUAUUGCUAAUUAGGAACAUACUAAUCUUUUGAGCAUAAAUUCCAUGCAAAUUGCAAUCACAAUGAAAAUUCUCAUGUACACUAAAAUUAAUGUCUGCACAUUUUUGUUUUGAGCUUGAAGGUUCCUUUUCUGAUUGUUUAAAGUGUAACUGUGACAUAUUUUUCUGUCUUGAUUAUUUUAAUUUCUUAUGUUAAGUCAUCAUUGAUUUUAUAAUUAUUAGUCUCAAUCUAAAAAAAAAAUAUCAUUUUUUCUCAGAUAACUCGGGAUCAACAAGUGGCUCUCAGAAGAAAAAUCAUAAAGCUGAGAUUAUAGGAAUUACAAUUUCUGCAGUUGUUAUAAUCUUGGGAUUGGGUUUCAUUUUUUGUAAGAGGAGGAAAUUCCUAAGUAAAUUGAACAGGAAUACAGACAACAGAGGUAAUAAAUAAUUACUAUGUUUCUCUUUAAAAAUAAAUACAUGCAUUAUGACAAGGGUAUGCAUAGGCGGAGUCAAGGCCCAGCAAGCCUGGGCGGUUUCCCGGACUUCGGUAAUUUGUUUUGGUAUUUUUAGGGUAAAACUAUGAUUUUUUAGCGGUUAGUUUAAGGUAAAACUACAAUUUUUUGUGCAAAACUGAGAUUAUUAGGGCAAAACUUAGAUUUUUAAGAGUUAGUUUAGGGUAAAACUGCGAUUAUUUAGGGGUUAGUUUAGGUCAAAACUGCGAUUUUUUUGCAAAACUGAGAUUUUUUGUUCAAAUCUGAAAUUUUGCCUAAGAAUCUAAGUUUUUGGUUCCGCCAUUGAUGGUAUGCAUGUAUAUGAUAUUGUUCUACAUGAUUAAAGUGUGUUGAUUUUUGUCACUAAACUAGGUUCUCUCCAAAGAAGUAGAGAUUUGUUAAUGAAUGAGGUAGUAGUUACAAGUAAAAGAGGUGGUAGCUCAGGAAAAAGGGACAUGGAUGACUUAGAGUUACCAAUGUUUGAUUUUAAAAUCAUAACAAUGGCUACAAACAACUUCAUUGAAGCAAAUAAACUUGGAGAAGGAGGUUUUGGUAUUGUUUAUAGGGGAAGGUUGAUUGAAGGCCAAGAAAUUGCUGUCAAGAGGUUAUCAAAAACAUCAGGACAAGGACUUGAAGAAUUUAAGAAUGAGGUAAAGUUAAUUGCCAGGCUUCAACAUAGAAAUCUCGUUCGGCUAUUAGGUUGCUGCAUCGACAAGGAUGAGAAGCUUCUAGUGUAUGAGUACAUGGAAAAUAGAAGCCUUGAUUCCAUUUUGUUUCACAAAGCUAGAAAACCCUUAUUAGACUGGAACACGCGAUACGACAUUAUAUGUGGAAUAGCUAGAGGACUUCAUUAUCUGCAUCAUGAUUCAAGACUCAGGAUUAUCCAUAGGGAUCUCAAGACAAGCAACAUACUACUUGACAGUGAAAUGAAUCCGAAAAUAUCAGACUUUGGGAUAGCUAGAAUAUUUGGACAAAAUCAAACAGAAGCAAAUACAUUGAGAGUUGUCGGAACAUAUGGCUAUAUGUCUCCUGAAUAUGCUAUGGACGGAAACUUCUCAGUAAAAUCAGAUGUAUUUAGCUUUGGAGUUCUUGUGCUAGAGAUUAUAAGUGGAAAGAAAAAUAGAGGAUUCUGUUACACAAAUGAUGAUAUGAAUCUUCUAAAAAAUGCAUGGACGCAGUGGAGAGAAGGCACUGCAUUGAAACUCAUUGAUUCAUCGAUUGGCGAUUCAUAUGCACAAUCUGAAGUUCUUAGAUGCAUACAUGUUGGACUAUUGUGUGUCCAAGAACGUGCAGAAGAUAGGCCAACAAUGCCUUCAGUGCUCUUGAUGCUUAGCAGUGAAACUGCACUAAUGCCAGAACCUAGAAGCCCAGGGUUUUCCCUCGGAGGAAGGUCAAUGAAUCCUCCUGAAACUGAUUCCUCUUCAAGUAAACAAGAUGAAACAUGGAGUGUGAACCAAGUCACUGUCACAUUGCUAGAUGCUAGGUAG